GUCAUGUGGCUAUGAUAUUGUUGAGAUUCCAUAAUGCCUCCUGCAGUGACAGACAGCCUUGACAUCUGGGCAGUGGAUUCACAGAUUGGUGCUGAUGGCUCCAUAUCUGUGGACUUCCUAUUGCCCACUGGAAUCUACAUCAACCUCGAUGUCCCUCGAGAUGCCACCAUAUCUCAUAUUAAGCAGCUGUUAUGGAAGCAAGCACAUGCAUACCCGCUCUUCCAUCUCCUCAUGGAGAUCGACUCUUACAUGUUCUCAUGUGUGAAUCAGACUGCUGUGCAUGAAGAGCUAGAAGAUGAAACUCGGAGACUUUGUGAUGUUAGACCCUUUCUUCCCGUCCUUAAACUAGUGACAAGGAACUGCGAUCCAGGAGAAAAGUUGGAUUCCAAAAUAGGUGUCCUUAUAGGCAAAGGUCUCCAUGAAUUUGAUGCCUUACAAGACCCUGAAGUGAACGACUUCCGAGCUAAAAUGCGACAAGUCAGUGAGGAGAAGAUUCGGUCGCUUGUGGGUCUCUCCUGGAUGGACUGGUUAAAGCACACUUACCCUCCAGAACAGGAGCCCGUCAUCCAGGAGAGCUUCCAAGAUAAGCUCUACAGCGGGAAUCUCGUAGUUGCCAUUCAUUUUGAUAACUGCCAGGAUGUAUUUAGUUUUCAGGUGUCUCCUAACAUGAAUCCCAUCAAGCUGAAUGAGCUGGCAAUCCGAAAACGUUUGACUAUCCAUGGAAAAGAUGAUGAGGAAGUUGAUCCUGCUGACUAUGUAUUGCAAGUUAGUGGAAGGCUGGAAUAUGUUUUUGGUGACCACCCCUUAAUUCAAUUUCAGUACAUCCGCAAUUGUGUGAUGAACAGGACUCUUCCUCAGCUGACUCUGGUCGAGUGUUGCACCAUAAAGAAAAUGUGUGAGCAGGAGAUGAUUGCGAUAGAAGCUGCUGCAAACCGAAAAUCAUCCAACCUUCCUCUUCCUCUGCCACCAAAAAAAACAAGAACAACAACUAGUGUCUGGGAUAUUUGCAACCCAUUCAAGAUUCUGCUCUUGAAGGGUUAUAAACUAAACACAGAAGAAAAUGCCAAAGUUCAUGUUAGGGCUGGUCUUUUCCAUGGGACAGAGCUCCUUUGUAAAACAAUUGUAAGCACAGAAAUAUCUGGGAGAAGUGACCAUGUUUGGAAUGAAACACUCGAGUUUGAAAUAAAUGUCUGUGAUCUACCAAGAAUGGCCAGGCUCUGCUUCGCAGUUUAUGCUGUGAUGGAUAAAGUGAAAACCAAAAAGUCAACCAAGACAAUGAAUCCACCCAAAUACCAGACCAUUAGGAAAGCAGGAAAAGUGCACUAUCCUGUAGCCUGGGUAAAUACCAUGGUAUUUGAUUAUAAAGGCCAGUUGAAGAACGGAGAGCUCAUACUGCACAGCUGGUCGUCAUUUCCUGAUGAACUUGAAGAAAUGUUAAAUCCAAUGGGAACAGUCCAGACUAACCCUUAUACUGAAAAUGCAACAGCUUUGCACAUUAGAUUUCAAGAAUAUUCAAAACAGCCUAUUAAUUACCCUCCCUUUGAUAAGAUACUUGAAAAGGCAGCGGAGAUUGCAAAAAGCAGUGACAACGCUGCAAUGGCGGGUCGAGGUGGUAAGAAGUUUUAUGUUGUGCUGAAAGAAAUAAUGGAAAGAGAUCCCUUAUCUCAACUCUGUGAAAAUGAAAUGGACCUUAUUUGGACGUUGCGGUAUGACUGUCGCGAGAGUUUCCCACAAUCACUGCCCAAACUGCUGCUCUCCCUGAAGUGGAACAAGCUUGAAGAUGUUGCUCAGCUUCAGGCUCUUCUUCAGAUAUGGCCCAAACUUCUGCCUAGAGAAGCGUUAGAGCUGUUGGAUUUCAAUUACCCAGACCAGUAUGUGAGAGAAUAUGCAGUGAGUUGUUUAAAGCAAAUGAGUGAUGAAGAGCUCUCCCAGUAUCUUCUUCAACUCGUGCAAGUCCUGAAAUAUGAACCUUUCCUGGACUGCGCGCUCUCCAGAUUCCUCCUAGAGAGAGCCCUCGCUAAUAGGAGGAUAGGGCAGAUGUUGUUUUGGCAUCUAAGGUCAGAGGUUCAUAUCCCUGCUGUUUCGGUGCAGUUUGGGUUGAUCCUGGAAGCUUACUGCCGAGGAAGCGUUGCGCACAUGAAGGUGCUUGCCAAGCAGGUGGAAGCCCUUAAUAAAAUGAAGACUUUAAAUAGUCUCAUUAAGCUGAAUGCCAUGAAACAAAGCAAAGCAAAAGGAAAAGAUGCAAUGCACACGUGUUUGAAACAAAAUGCAUACAGGGAAGCACUUUCUGACCUCCAGUCUCCUCUGAAUCCUUCUGUUAUACUUUCAGAAUUACAUGUCGAAAAAUGUAAAUACAUGGAUUCUAAAAUGAAACCUCUGUGGAUAGUGUACAACAAUAAAAUGUUUGGGGGAGAUCUUGUAGGGAUCAUCUUUAAAAAUGGUGAUGAUCUCCGGCAGGACAUGUUAACACUCCAAAUACUGCGCUUGAUGGAUGUACUUUGGAAAGAAGCUGGUCUGGAUCUCCGGAUAUUGCCAUAUGGUUGUUUAGCAACUGGAGAUCACUCUGGCCUUAUAGAGGCUGUUUCUAGUUCAGAAACCAUUGCUGACAUUCAGUUAAAUAGUAGCAAUGUUGCUGCUGCUGCUGCCUUCAACAAGGAUGCUCUCUUAAACUGGCUGAAGGAAUACAAUUUAGGAGAGGACUUGGAUCGAGCCAUUGAAGAAUUCACUCUGUCUUGUGCUGGCUACUGUGUAGCUACUUAUGUUCUGGGGAUCGGUGACAGACACAGUGACAAUAUCAUGGUCAGAAAAAAUGGUCAGCUCUUUCAUAUAGAUUUUGGGCAUAUUCUUGGAAACUUCAAGUCCAAAUUUGGAAUUAAAAGGGAACGGGUACCUUUCAUUCUCACCUAUGAUUUCAUUCAUGUCAUUCAACAAGGAAAAACAGGGAACACAGAAAAAUUUGGUCGGUUCCGGCAGUGUUGCGAAGAUGCUUACUUGAUUCUGCGGAAACAUGGGAACCUAUUUAUUACACUGUUUGCACUGAUGUUAACUGCAGGGCUUCCAGAGCUAACUUCUGUCAAGGACAUUCAGUAUCUCAAGGACUCUCUCGCCUUAGGAAAAAGUGAAGAAGAAGCACUAAAACAAUUUAAGCAAAAGUUUGAUGAAGCGCUCCGGGAAAGUUGGACUACUAAAGUGAAUUGGAUGGCUCACACUGUUCGAAAAGAUUACAGAUCCUAGAAGACAUUUGGGAAUUGCACUAAUCUGAAUGUUACCUUGAUAAGUGUUUUUUAAAAGGGAUCUGUAACCUGGACCAACAAAACUUAUUUAAAAUAAGAAAGACAACAAAAGAGCAACACAAAGAGAUGGCCUGAAAUAAUUCCUGAUUCUUUUGCAUUCUGCUUGUGAAUGCUUGAUCCCAAGACUUUCCAUACAGAUAGUAAACAUCCUGGAUAAUCAGUUCCUGCUGA